AAGGAUGUGGGCGGCUGCCGUGGGAAGAUAAACAGCACAUGCAGGCUUCUUUCUACGUCAGCACGAGACUAUAUAGCAGUGGUUGUAAUUAUAGCUGAUGCUGUGCACAUAACAAAAGAGUUCUAAAGGCAAGAACAGAUAUAUACAACGAUGACAAGACUACUUUUCAUGGCAGUUGUAACUUUGCUCCCUCUUUCACAAGCACAGACAUCAGAAUGUAAUUAUAAUACUAGUCAAUCUAUGAGCGACGGAGGUAUGUCCAGUAAUGACCUGAGGGCUGACGCCACAAGAGGCCUUGCAUUAGUGCUGAGUAACUAUACAUUCAGCUGUGAUGGAAUCCUGCAGCAGUGGAGCAUUCACUGGGAAAUUAAGAACCCAGAUAGAUGCGAGAUUAUUGUCGAUUUUCAUGUUUUGAGGCCAACCAAAACACCUGGAUUCUGCGGCUUGCUCUCAGUCGGAAUGCAUCGUGAGGUACUGAUACCAACUCAGACACCACGUCCCUAUCGAACUGUAGACAGUUUCAAAACUAACAGCAGUGUCAGAGUCGAGGCUGGGGAUGUGGUGGGUCUAGUUGUGAUGUUCAACAAUUCAAGACGCUGCAGGUUGGGUGGAGUAAGCAUCUUGAAGGCCAGGGAGCCCAGUGAUCCUGGUCUGGUCUACCUAGCUAGGCCAGCCUCACAGGAAGAGCUAACAACAGAUGAGUGGAGACUGGAGACCUUGACUGGGUUUGGUUGUGAUGAUUGCUCAUCCGAUGGUAGGACUCACUCUAGGACCAGAACAAGGACAACUGACAGUGAUAGAGAAGAGAGGCUCCCUCCAGGUACACGAACUAGGCCAAGCACUUCGAGUGAAGAGGGACGUCUGACGAGCCCUAGGACAGGUACACCAAGGCCUAGGCCAAGCACUUCGAGUGAAGAGGGACGUCCGACGAGCCCUAGGACAGGUAUAUACACCAAUACAUUACACAUCACCAGUUUUUGAAUAUCUAUUCUGCUACUACAUACACAGGUACACCAACUAGGUCACACACGUCUUCACUUUCUACCCAAGAAGAUAGCACAUCAAGUGAAGAGGGACGUCCGACGAGACCUAGAACUCCGAGAAUGACAACAACCCAACCCACAAUGAAUUCAAGGUCUAUGGUGGAGCACCCCUGAUCAACACCAUUGUUGACCAUGUUUUUCAAAACCAGUGGUGGAGACAGCAGCUCCCAGUGAGGGAGGUACAGAUACGGAGAUAGGGUCUGGAGAGCUGCAGGAACAGGGGACAGACGAUGCAGCAGAUCUCAGCGGCAUAAUGAUCCCCACUGGACUGGUACUGGGGCUCCUGCUAGUGGUGACUGUGGGGGUGGUGGCUGUAGGAGGCUGCCUUUGCUACCGAGCAAGACAGACACACAAACAAGGUUUCGACACGAGCACUAACAAAGCCUACACUGCAUCAUCCGCCACUUCACCACCGCCCAACAUGAAGGAGGAACAAACACUAGUUGGCAGAAAACCACCAGUAAAGCCACGCCCUCGUUACUCCAUGAACGACAACACCGCCUACGGGACCACUCCAGAAGAAUGGAGUAUACCCCAACAAUACUCCACACCCCAUUACAUCACUGCGACAGAGAUGGGCCUGCCCCCAAAGAUGGUACUCGGUGAUUACGAGGACAAGACCAAUGACAACAUCUAUAUCGUGGACGGAAAGAUUUACGAAAUGCCUUCUGAGGUGUAACAGUUCUUGCAUGCAGCACUGAGCACAAAAACAUUAUGACUACUUGAGCAUAAGUAUCACACUUAGCACCUUGCCCUAGUUAGCCAUGCAAAUAUCUCCUUCUCUGAAUGACAUGUGUGUGAGUACAAAUGAAUUGAUCAAACUACUAGAAUGCAUUUUUGGCGAGGA